AUGUUCUGGGGCGCUUGGAUGUGGCCCGAGAAAGACGCCGCCGCGCUGACUAUCUGCUGCUGCUGCUGCUGCUGGGCUCCCAGGCCGAGCGACAAACCUUGCGCCGACUCUGAGCGGGCGCAGCGAUGGCGACUGUCCCUGGCGUCCCUGCUCUUCUUCACCGUGCUGCUCGCUGACCAUCUGUGGCUGUGCGCGGGGGCCCGGCCCCGGGCCAGAGAGCUGAGCAGCACCAUGCGGCCGCCCUGGGGGGCCGGCCGGGAGCGGCCACCGGUGCCUCCUCGAGCGCUGCAGCCACCGCCGUCGUCGCUGGGUGAGCCCAGAGCACCCCCGGGCUCCUGCAGCCCCCGAUACAGCAACCUGACCAAAGCCGCCCCCGCCGCCGGCCCCGGGCCGGUCUGCGGCGGCAUCCCCGAGCCAACGGGGCUGGAUGCAGCUUGCACCAAAUUGGAAUCUUUGCAGAGACUUUUCGAACCGACUACCCCAGCCCCCCCUCUUCGGCCCCCUGACUCCCCUUCCCGUGCCCCGGCCGAGUUCCCCUCCGCCAAGAAAAACUUGCUCAAAGGCCACUUUCGGAACUUCACUCUCUCCUUUUGCGACACCUACUCGGUCUGGGACUUGCUGCUGGGCAUGGACCGCCCCGACAGCCUGGACUGCAGUCUGGAUACCCUGCUGGGGGACCUGCUGGCUGUAGUGGCCAGCCCAGGCUCCGGGACCUGGGAGGCAUGUAGCAACUGUAUCGAGGCUUACCAGAGACUGGACCGACAUGCUCAGGAAAAAUAUGACGAGUUCGACCUCGUGCUGCAUAAAUAUUUACAGGCAGAAGAGUACUCCAUCCGGUCCUGCACAAAAGGCUGUAAGGCUGUCUACAAGGCCUGGCUGUGCUCAGAAUACUUCAGUGUGACCCAGCAGGAAUGCCAGCGCUGGGUGCCCUGCAAGCAAUACUGCCUGGAGGUGCAGACCCGGUGCCCCUUUAUCCUCCCCGACAAUGAGGAAAUGGUAUACGGAGGGCUCCCAGGUUUUAUCUGUACAGGGUUGCUGGAUACUUCACCAAAGCGGCCGGAAACCAAGUGCUGUGACGUGCAGUGGGUCUCUUGCGAAUCGGAGAAGAAGAAGUUCAAGGAGUCUGAGACCCCCAAAACCCACCACCAGCAAUUCCACCACUCCUAUUUCCACCACUACCACCAACAGUACCACCACUACUAUCCCCGCCAUGAUCCCCCAGGCCGAGUCAGCCACAAGCCCUCCCUGCUGCCAGUCUCUGGGGGCUCCCGUCUCAGCCCCAGCAGGAUCCGGCUCUGUGUCCUUGUCCUCAUGCUCCUCCAUACCAUGGUGUCCUUCUCCAGCAACCAGGGUGGUGGGGGACUGGGGUUGGAGACAUUGCCUGCCCUAGAGGAGGGCCUGACACAAGAAGAGUGA